UCCCCACUUCCGCGGGUCUCAUGGAACUCUUGGAACUCCCGACUUCCCGCUAAUCGAUCAUCACUUCCAAUUUCCAACUCUUUCUGGAACUCGAGCUUCAGAGCUAUGGAGACGCUUCCAUGGCGGAAGCCCUGCUUCUCCUUCGCUCGCUCUCCCCUCAUCUCCUCUCCCUCUCCAUCCAUUCGAUUCUCCAACCUCCCCCGUUGCUCCCUUAAUGGUAAUCUCUUCUUAUUGCCUCUUACUCUUACUCGGAGGCCGUCCCAAUUCGAUCCCAAAUUCCAAUUCGCUGCUCUGAAGCACACGAUUCCGCGCAGGAGCACCGUGGUUUGGUCCUCCCAGGGCGGCGCCGCCGCUUAUCCUUUAUCAGGGUUCCAAUUUGGUUCAAGAAUCAGGGGGAUUUGCUUCUAUAUGGUGACUGCUGUAGUUGCGAUCUUCUUGUUUGUGGCGAUGGUGUUGGCGCACCCGUUCGUGCUCCUCUUUGAUCGGCACCGACGAAAGAUCCAUCAUUUCAUUGCGAAGUUAUGGGCAGCAUUGACUAUAGCUCCGUUCUAUGAGAUUGAGUUUGAGGGACUUGAGAAUCUGCCCGCCGGUGAUGCUUCGGCUGUCUAUGUCUCCAAUCAUCUGAGCUUCUUGGACAUAUAUACGCUGUUGACUCUUGGAAGGUGUUUUAAGUUCAUCAGCAAAAGGGGCAUUUUCUUGUUUCCUAUUAUUGGGUGGGCGAUGUACCUCCUAGGUGUCAUUCCAUUGCGCCGAAUGGAUAGCAGGAGUCAGCUGGAUUGUCUCAAACGAUGUAUAGAAUUGAUAAAGAAAGGCGCAUCUGUGUUUUUCUUUCCAGAGGGAACUCGUAGUAAAGAUGGAAAAUUAGGGGCCUUUAAGGAUAAACUGUGUAAGAUCUUGCAGAAAGGUGCAUUUUCUGUUGCUGCGAAGACUGGAGCACCAGUUGUACCUAUUACACUAAUGGGAACUGGAGAACUUAUGCCUGCAGGAAUGGAGGGUGUAGUGAAUUCAGCUUCAGCUAAAGUUGUAAUUCACAAGCCUAUAGAAGGAUCAAAUGCAGAUUCAUUAUGCAACGAAGCUAGAAAUGUUAUAGCCGAUACACUUCUCCUUCAUGGUUAUGAUGUGCAUCACAAUGUCUGAUUCUAUUGAACUUCUAUUCCCUUUGAGGAGGCUUGCAAAUCUGAGCGACAGGUUUUCUCUCAACCGUCCAGGAGGGUUCUUGUUGAAGGAAGUACAGAAAGAAGUAGGUGGAGAGAUUGUGAAUCAAGGGAUAUCUCUCAAGUAUAAGAAUGGGGACUGUAACUUGAUCUUGCAGGAAGUUUAACAGUGUAACCUGAGGAUAGAGAAAAAUCAAUGUUCAAUUUUGACAUGCAACUGGCUGAUAUGUAUUAGGCUGUCAUUUUGUUAACUUUGUUUCUUUUUCAUAGCUUUGUAAUUGGAAUAUGGGGGCCAUUUAUCCCUAAAAAUAAUUCCAAAGUAGGGUACAAAAUUGGAUUAACUUUUGUGGACAAAUAAUUUUCUUUUCCUGCUAAUAAAAAAAAGAGCUUGUGAAUGCAA